ACCACCUGUCCUCACCUCCCACCCUCUCUUCCCCCCUCCAGAUCUCUCUCUCGCCCGCCCCGGACGUCCCCCCACCGCGGAAUCGGAGCAGCGCGACCAUGUCGUCGGUGGCGGUGGUGCAGGCCGGCGACAUGCCGGACCCGUCGGUGCGGAACCUCCUGGACCAGGACACCCUCAAGUGGGUCUUCGUCGGCGGCAAGGGCGGCGUCGGCAAGACCACCUGCAGCUCCAUCGUCUCCAUCCUCCUCGCCUCCGUCCGCAGCUCCGUGCUCGUCAUCUCCACCGACCCCGCCCACAACCUCAGCGACGCCUUCCAGCAGCGCUUCACAAAGUUCCCCACCCUCGUCAAGGGCUUCUCCAACCUCUACGCAAUGGAAAUUGAUCCCAAAGUAGAAAAUGAUGAUUUUGGCAAUGAUGGAAUGGAAGGAUUUAUUUCAGAAUUGACAAAUGCAAUUCCAGGAGUCGAUGAAGCUAUGAGUUUUGCUGAAAUGCUGAAAUUAGUUCAAACAAUGGAUUACUCUGUUGUAGUUUUUGAUACUGCUCCUACAGGGCAUACUCUAAGAUUGCUGCAGUUCCCUGCAACACUAGAGAAGGGUCUAGAGAAAAUGAUGGACUUAAAAAAUAGAUUUGGUGGCCUGAUAAAUCAGGCCACUCGACUUUUUGGUCUCGGUGAUGAAUUGAAUGAGGAUGCAAUGCUUGGGAGGAUCGAAGGCAUGAAGGAUGUGAUUGAGCAAGUGAACAGGCAAUUUAAAGAUCCAGACUUGACAACCUUUGUUUGUGUCUGUAUUCCUGAAUUUCUUUCAUUGUAUGAAACGGAGAGAUUGGUGCAAGAGCUAGCGAAAUUUGAGAUUGAUGCACACAACAUUAUAAUCAAUCAAGUUAUUUUUGACGAGGAAGCUGUUGAGUCGAAACUGCUAAAAGCACGGGUGAAGAUGCAACAAAAGUAUGUUGAUCAGUUCCAUAUGCUAUAUGACGACUUCAAUAUCACGAAGUUGCCAUUGCUUCCAGAGGAGGUGUGUGGUGUUCAAGCUCUACAAAACUUCUCCAAGCACUUCCUUGCACCAUACACACCCACCCUGAAAAGGGGCAGCGUGGAGGAGCUAGAAGAGAGAGUGUCUACACUGAAAUCAUCACUUCAAAUAGCUGAGGCUGAACUAGAUAGAGUUAGGAAAGGAAAGCAGGUAGCAUGAGCCUUAUAUUCACCUGUGAAAAGUUGACGUCACUCUGCAGACACGCCAGUUAUAGAGAACCACCCAGUCUUGAUGUUCCUGCAUUUUCUGGUUAAUUUCUUCCAUUUCCUGUUUCCUCAAUUGAAAUUCUUAGAUUUUUUACUGUAGAAAUUGGAAGAGAAGCGUACUGUUAGCACCAGAUAUAGUUGUUUUCUCUUCUUCUUUCCUUUCUGUAAGGGAGUCUUAUUUGAGGAUCUUUGUCACGGGAGGUUCUCCUAAGUCGUGACUUCCUCGUGUAAGGAAUUGUUCUAGGCUGUGACAGGAAUUGAUUACCUAGAAACAUGUUUGGCACUGUUGUAUCUGGUUAAGCACAAGUUUGGGAAGUCAAUAAACGAUUGCUGAGAGCAACA